ACACAUUCUGUGUAAAAUGCAGCGUCAGAGGAAGAAACUGUUGCGACUCUUUGUGUUCUGGUUUUAAGCUGUGAUCCAUAAAAACAACUUAAUGCGCCUUUUUAGCUGGACAAUCAGCGACUUAUUUCAACAUGUUGGACGGCAGCACGUCUGGAAAUGAACCGGGGCUCUCAGCUUUACAGAACCGGGUCUCUGAGCCCGCAGAUGGGACCCCCUCCUCCAGGUUCCUGCAGGCUGAGCAGGAGCUGAACGCCCUCCUCCGGGGGCUCACCUUCGGAGAGCCCGUCCGCUACAUCUACAACCCGCUGGAGUACGCCUGGGACACCCACCGCUGCUACGUGGAGAAGUACUGCCAGCCCGGGAAGACGGUCCUGUUCCUGGGGAUGAAUCCUGGACCUUUCGGCAUGGCACAGACCGGGGUCCCUUUCGGUGAGGUGAAGUCAGUCGUUGAUUGGCUGAAGAUCUCAGGUGAGGUCGGUCGCCCUGCUGAGGAGCAUCCAAAGAGACGGAUCCUGGGCCUCGGCUGCACACAAAGCGAGGUGAGCGGCGCUCGCUUUUGGGGUUUCUUCAGAAAGCUGUGCGGCGAGCCCGAGCAGUUCUUCCGCCACUGCUUCGUUCACAACCUGUGCCCGCUGAUCUUCAUGAGCGCCAGCGGGAAGAACUUGACGCCGCCAGAGCUGCCUGCAGCGGAGCGAGAGAAACUGCUGUCCCUGUGUGAUGCGGCGCUCUGCAAAGUGGUGGAGGCGCUGGAUGUCUCCAUGGUGAUCGGCGUGGGGAAGGUUGCGGAGCAACGGGCGCGGCGGGCACUGUCUUCAUCCGGUGUAGUUAAUGUACGAGUUGAGGGCGUGAUGCACCCUUCGCCCAGGAACCCGCUGGCCAAUAAGGGCUGGGAGGAGGUGGCUAAAGCCAAGCUGGCGGACCUGGGUGUCCUCCCUCUGCUGAGUAGCAGCUAACGAGCUGCAGAUCCAAUCUGAUGAUUCAUCAGGAGGUGAAGAGCUGCUGAAAAAUGCCGCCGCUAAUACCUUCCGACCAUAUGCUGCUCCAUAUUCAGCUUGUUAUCGCAAACACCGUCUCUGACCUCUGUGGAGAAAUCUUAACACCAGUCUACAGAGUUGGCAUGUCUCCCCUUCAGUAAUGACUGCAUGAAGUGCAUUAAAUAUUCAUCCUCAGAACUACAAAACAUCACUGUUUGUGUUGUAGAAACUGUUUGUACGUUUUAGGUUUCUUGCUGGUAGAUUGCCCACAUCUGAGAAGGGAGUUUGGUCCGUCGUUAUGCUGAACUUUAUGCAGGACUCAUGCAUAAAGUUCAUGCAUGAGUGAAGCGGGGCUCUCAGAAAGGUAUGGCAUUUUAUUUCUGAAUGUAUUUUGGGCUAACUUGGUAUGAAAAUAAGAGUAAACAAAAGUAUCUGUAUUUCUGGACUUGGUUUAUAACCCCAGGGUCUAAAUGUGCCAGCCUGCCUUCCUUCCUUCCUUGUCUUGCUACCUUUCUGGUGCAGUUUCUUCUUUCCUUUUUUGUCUCUUUCCUAUCUUCCUUCCGUCAUUCUACCUUUAUCUCCUACUUUAGUUCCUUUGAUUGUGUCUUUCAUUUGUUCCUACCUUCUUUUGGUUAUUUCGUUCCCCCUUCUGUCCUCAUUUUCUUUCAUUUCAUUCUAUUAUUCUUUCUUCCAUUCUUUCCUUUCUUCCUCUCAUUCUUGCAUCUUUCUUUUCUUUCUUUUGCUCUUUGUGUCCCUUCUUACUUCCUUCCUUCCUUCCAUGUUUAUGACUUUGCGGCUUUAUGUUUUGUAGAAAUUUGAGUCGCUCCAUUAUGUGUAGGGACAUAAGCUCUCCAUCUGAAGUUUGCCAGUGAACAUCUAAAUGAUUGAGAGUGCAUUGAAUAUCAAUCCUCAAAACAGAACCUGUUCUAGUUAGAUGAGACCAAAAUCCAGUUCUCUGUGGCGGAGCCAAAACAUACUGCUGGGGCACAAUUCAGCAGGGAAUCAAACUAUUAUUUCUUCCAUAUAUCUGAAGCUCAGGACACUCUGUUCCCCUUUUAUGUUGUAAUGAAAACGACAACAAAUAUGUAGAAAUAAAUCAUCAGUUAGACUUUAGUUCCAGCCAGGUGGUUUAUCAACAGAUUAAAAUGUUAUCCACAAUGAUUCAUUAAAUGACUGUUACCACGCCGACUCAGUUAGCACUCCUAACAAACUACUAAAAUGGCACCUAAAUGUAACCAUGGCUACAUCUUAUAUCUACGUAUGCUGCAUUACAUCCUGUUGAAAGAAAUGUUACAAAUGUGAGACGCUAUUUUUUAUAUUUCUGUUUAUCUUUUUUUGUUAUAUUUGGUUUGUUUUCAUAACGUGUUGGUUGUUUUCCUCCGGUCUGUUUUAGGGUGCUGUGUCUUUGCUACUAAAAUAAAAACACUCCUGUCUACAAAUAAA